CUUUACUUGCCAACCUUCCUCACCUGGCCCAUCUCGCUGCCGAGCGCCCCGACGGCCCAACCCCGUCGCUCGUCUUUCUCCUCGAGCGAGCGCCGCCACCGCUGCCGAGCGCCCCAGCUCCCUUGCUCCGUCGCUCGUCUUCCUCCUCGCGCGAGCGCCGUCACCCCUCCCUCCCCAUACCGCUGCCGAGCGCCCCAGGCCCCUCGCCGGUCGCUCGUCUUCCUCCUCGCGCGAGCGCCUCGAUCGCAGGUCGCCAAACGAAACUGUGCACGUAAUGGGUGUUUAGUAGGUUCUCGGAGACAACGACAUGCCCUACUUUCCUGAGGAAGUGGUGGGGAACAUCUUUGGCUUUGUAACUUCACACCGUGACCGCAAUGCUGCGUCCUUAGUGUGCCAGGCAUGGUACCGCAUCGAGCGCCUCACUCGCCACCUGGUGUUUGUAUGCAACUGCUACGCAGUGCGCCCAGAACGUGUACAUGAGCGUUUCCCCUUCCUGCGCUCGCUGAGUGUGAAGGGCAAACCACACUUUGCUGACUUCAGCUUUGUCCCAGCUGGGUGGGGUGCCACAGCGGAGCCAUGGGUGAACGCGUGCGCCCUUGCAUGCCCUGGCCUUGAAGAGCUCCGGCUGAAGCGGAUGGUUGUCACUGAUGAUUGCCUUAAGCACCUUGCUCACUCAUUCCCCAAUUUGAAGUCAAUCGUCCUUGUUAGUUGUGAUGGGUUCAGUACUGAUGGGCUCGCUGCUAUCACCACCAAUUGCAGGUUUCUCAGGGAACUUGACUUACAAGAGAGUCGGGUAGAAUUUCGAGGCCGUCAUUGGAUUAGUUGUUUUCCAAAGCCUUCUACAUCACUUGAAUCCUUGAAUUUUGCUUGCUUAAAUGGAGUGGUGAAUAUUCAUGCAUUGGAAAGACUUGUGGCAAGGAGUCCAAAUCUUAAAAGUUUGAGGUUGAAUCGUGCAGUUCCACUUGCUGUUUUAGCAAAAAUUCUUUCUUGUACUCGGCUGGUGGAUUUAGGUACAGGAUCUUUUGCCCUAGGCAAUAAUGAUGGUGCAGGUGCACUCCUUCGUGUUUACAAUGCUCUCCAACAAUGCAAUACUCUGAAGAGUUUAUCUGGCUUCUGGGAUUCUCCACGUUUAAUUAUUCCAGCAAUACACUCUGUUUGCAAGAACCUAACGUGCUUGAACCUUAGCUCUGCUCCGAUGUUUCGGACUGCUGAUUUUAUUGGAGUUAUCCGUCUGUGUCAGAACCUCCGACACUUGUGGGUACUAGAUCACAUUGGGGAUGUGGGAUUGAACUUUGUUGCCUCUUCUUGUCUGGAGCUCCAAGAGUUGAGGGUAUUUCGUGCAAAUGCAGACGCGUUAGCAAGCACUGGUGUGACAGAGCAAGGGCUGGUUGCCAUAUCUAUAGGCUGCCGGAAGCUAAAUGCUGUGUUCUAUUUCUGCAGACAGAUGACCAAUUCUGCACUGAUUACCAUAGCAAAGAACUGCCCACGAUUCAUGUCCUUCAGACUGUGUGUUCUCCAGCCUAGGUCAGCAGAUGCCAUGACAGGCCAACCAUUGGAUGAGGGUUUUGGGGCAAUCGUUCGGUCAUGCAAAGGCCUCAGGCGUCUAUCUGUGUCAGGCCUUCUCACGGACAGUGUGUUCCUGUACAUCGGCAUGUAUGCCGAGAGGCUGGAGAUGCUUUCUAUAGCAUUUGCAGGAGAUACUGACAAUGGCAUGAUCUAUGUGCUCAAUGGUUGCAAGAAUCUCAAGAAGCUGGAGAUUAGGAGCUGCCCGUUUGGCGACACCGCGCUUCUUGCAGGCAUGCAUAGGUAUGAGGCGCUGCGGUCACUAUGGAUGUCUUCCUGCAACAUCACCCUGGGUGGUUGCAGGUCUCUCGCAGCACACAUGCCAAGCAUCAAUGUCGAGGUCAUCAAUGAGGCGGGAACUAUCGAAGAGGCAGAUGGAGAUGCCAGUGAUGCGAAGAAGGUGGAGAAGCUGUAUCUCUACAGGUCAGUCAGUGGUCCAAGGGGUGACGCUCCUGGAUUCGUCAAGACACUCUAAAAUUAAAUACUCAAGACCCCCCUUGUGCAUAUGAAUGUGAACUCUGUUACUGAAGGCCUGAAAUGAUGUAGUCUUUUCAAUUAAGUCUUAAAACUGCAAAUCUUAUCCCUGGCUGUAGCAGCUAACACAUAUUAAUACGUAUUGUAAGGCCUUCUUCGGAAGGUGGCAGUAUAGCUGGUCUGUAUGCGACUCAACUCUGGCAAGUGUGAUCCAUAUGCAAAUCUUUUUAGGAUUUCAAUA